AUGAAACUCCGGCUACUUUGCUGCAAUGACUUGCCUCUCUGCAACAGCAGCGCAGCCAACGGCAGCCUGGACAGCGACGGGAGUUUCAGCACCACGGCCAGGGACCAGGGUGGCGAGGAUGGGCUCCUGCUGCCCACUUUCUCCACAGCCUCCAAGGUCAGAGUCGUCAUCACCCUGACCAUCUUCUUGAUCUCCUCCUACCUCAACUUGACUGUGCUGUGUGACGCUCUGAGGAGGAGAGGCACGGCCAGAUCCCACAUCAGGACACUGAUUGUGAACCUGUCGUGCGCUGACCUGCUGGUCACCUUCAUUGUGAUGCCCCUGGAUGCUGCCUGGAACAUCACAGUGCAAUGGUACGCCGGGGACUCUGCCUGCAAACUCCUCAUGUUCCUCAAGCUCCUUUCCAUGUACUCGUGCGCCUUCAUCACGGUGGUAAUCAGCCUCGAUCGUUACUGUGCCAUUCUGCACCCUCUGGGCAUUAGCAGAGCCAACGAAAGGAACCGAACCAUGCUCAUCUGGGCCUGGAUCAUGAGUGUCAUUUUGGCUACCCCUCAGCUAUUCCUCUUUCACACUGUCUCUAUCGCUGUACCAGCUCCAUUUACUCAAUGUGUGACUCAUGGCAGCUUCAAGGAGCCUUGGCAGGAAAAAGUUUACUUUCUCUUCACGUUCCUCUGGUUGUUCCUUCUGCCGCUUAUAAUCAUGGUAUUUUGCUACACAAGUAUAUUAGUCACCAUUACAAGGAAGAUGACAGUAAAUGGAGAUGUAUUCUCUAAAGAUGCAGAUUCAAGAUGUAGUAAGAACUACAUUCCCAAAGUGCGAAUGAAAACCUUAAAGAUGACUAUUGUCCUUGUGAGCACCUUCAUCAUAUACUGGACCCCAUACUAUGUCUUGGGAUUUUGGUACAAUUUUUUUCCAGCCAUGAUAAACAAGAAAGUAAUUCCUGAAUCAAUUAACCAUGCCCUAUUCACUUUUGGGAUGCUGAACAGUUUUGUGGAUCCAUUGGUUUGUCGUAUUGGUUAUCUUAGGCUGACAAAUAGCUGA